AAACGCCCCGCCCGGGAAUAGCCCGGUCCCAUCGCAGAUUGCCCCAUGGUCCACCUAGGUUAUGGUGCCUUUGCACCGCAUGCGAUACUGGCAGACUUGCUGAAGCAAGAACGCAAUGGUCAGGCAACGGCGAUUGAAACGAAUCUGGCAUUGGCGGUUUGCUCCCUAGCGGACGCGCCAAUGACAGCGGGACGGCUGUCCACUUGCUCCAAGGCUUUGAGGGGUGCCAUUGGAAAAUUGAUCCACGAAUUGCAACGUGAGCGUCUCUAUGUGGUUGGAGGUUUGGAUGAUACUUUUGCACCGCUGUCUGCGGUGGAGCGCUUUGAUCCUCUUGAUGGUUCCUGGGAGAAGCUGCCUCCCAUCAAUACAGCAAGACACGGCGCUUGCGCGGCAGCAUUUGCCGGAUAUCUUUACGUGAUUGGAGGUGAAGUUUCAGGAGUUGCAUUGCGAGACGUUCAGCGUUUUUGCCCUCGUGGUUCUCAGACAUGGGAGACAAUGCCACCGACUUCCAUUGGUAGAAUCAGGGCUGCGGCAACGGCAUGUCAGGAACAGCUCUACGUCUUGGGCGGGAAUGACGGCUUCAGUUCGUUAAGAUCUGUGGAGCGGUUUGAUCCCAGCACGGGCCGAUGGCAGGCAGUGGCUGCAAUGCAGAAGCCCAGAUAUGCCUGUUCAGCAGCAGCGCGGGACGAUAUGAUCAUUGUCUUUAGUGGCGAGUUGACGGAGACGGGAGCUGCAGCCUCGAUGGAGAUCUACAAUGUGCAGGCGGAUACGUGGCAUUUGUUGCCCGCCUUACGCUCGCCGCUCUGCGGUUCAGUGCCGGUGUUGAAGGCAUCUGGAGACGAAGUCUUUAGUUUCGGAGGACUUGGGCUGAGCGGUCAAGCUCUAACCUUUGCGGAACGGGCCAAUUUGAAACGUGAGGAGUCACCCUAUCCUGGAUUGUCCGGAGGGCCUUCCUGGAGUCCCUUACCUCCAAUGUUGUCUGCGCGGCAGCAGAUGUCAGCCUGCACCUUCCAGGAUGGUGCGGUGAUUGUGGGUGGCAAAGGCAUCACAUCAGAGGCGCAGAGCAAGGUGGAGAUGUACUCCGAAACCACGGGCUGGAAGGCUCUACCAUCCCUCCUCACUGCGCGAAUGCGUUCGGCUGUGGUGGCAGGCCACAUUUGAUGCGCAGCAAGCUAUGGACUGAGAACGACAGCUGAUGUCUCCUUUGCAGGAAGCUCGACCGUCCAUAUAGCCAUAAGAAUAGGGAGUUUGUUCCUUGUUUCAAAUAUGUUGCUG